CACACUUUUGAAAACCAUAAAGUGUUAAUCAGACCAAUGCUUGGUUUUUUCCAGGCACGGAACCACCACAGAAAAGGCCUGUUUGGAUUCAAGGUGUGAAACCAGGUAUGGCAAGAGACAUUUUGGCACCUAAGGCUAACCGCAAAACGGGGUCCUUCUCCCCGCCAGGGAAGAAGGGGUAAGUGAAGAUCUACAAUCAGAAAUGGGGGACAGAUCUGCAUCGAGACCUGCUGUCCCUGUGGAGCCCGCCAACUGAGGCAGUCGCCUCACUUUGCCUCAUGGGUGGGCCGGCCCUGGUGUGGGUGUGUCACACACCUAUGGAAUGCUCUCCCCUGGGAGACUCGCUUGGCACCAUUGUUGUAGAUCUUCAGGCACCAGGCAAAAACAUUCCUCUUUCACCAGGCCUUUGGCUGUUAACUUUCUGUGUGUCUCGCAGGUGCCCACUCUCCCCUGCCAUCGCUGUCGGGGUCGUAUAGCAGCGGCUUCUGGCGAGAGCUCGCAAGAAUUCCCAGAGAUCUUGCUAGAUCUCACACAACCGUCUCAGCAAGGCUUUGGCAGCGUUGGCACGGUCCCAUGUCGCCUCGGGCAGCGAAACGGGAUGGGCCUCCCCGCUUAGCCCAUCUCCCAAAGGCUGACUCAGACGCCGAGUAGCCACGAGGCGUCGGGAUUUGCAUCUGGAGCCCCAGUCUCGGAGAAGGGAAUCCGAGCGUUCUCUUUCUCUUUCACCGCCUCCUCCUUCCUCUUCUGUUGAAGGAACAACAACAGGGCAGGGCAAGGGACAGGUUAUUGCUCUCUCUCUCUCUUUCUCUCGUUCUUCCUUAUAAAGAGGAAGUGGGGAAGGUUUUUCUCGCAAAGCCUUUCUUGGCAGCCUCCCCCUGAUCUGGUGCAGAUAAAAGGCAACUCCGCAAGAUUUGCAAAGGCUUUCCCAAGGUUCACCCGCGGAGGUUUGUAGCAGGCGAUGGGCCUUUGAAAAGGAUUUGUGGCCAGAACGAAUCUGGAUUUGUGCAGUGUGUGUUGGGGGUGAUUUUCUACAGAGGCAUAAGAUUUCACCCACACAGGCCAUUAAUCUGCUCUAGCCUUCAGCUUGCCUGCCUUGACACCAUGACUUCCAAGCCUGCGCCACCAUGGAGAGCCAGGAACUGCCUUUACACCAGCCUGUGGGACUUCAAAGCCAUGACGGAGACAGAACUGAGCUUCCGGGCUGGAGAUCUCUUCCAAGUGAUCGAGAAGAAAGGAGAGUGGUGGUGGGCCAAGAAGCUGGAUCCGUCCCGGACGGGUUACGAAGAAGGCUAUGUGCCUUACAACUACUUGGCCAAGCAGGAGACUAUGGAGGCAGAGCCGUAAGUACACGUCUGCAAAUAUCCCCAGCCAGUUUUAAAAGGAAGAAAAUUGUGGCGUGCAGAUGAGAUCUGGGCAUUGAGUGCUUUGGAUUUAGGGUCUCCCCAAUACCUUGACUUAAUGUGGAUUGAGAAUCCCUUUGUCCUUCCCCAAAAGACCGGAAGCAUGUCUAUUAGGCUUAAUAGGAAUGGAAAUCAAAAUGGGAGGCCAAAAUCUGUUCAUGUAUGAACCCUCCUGGCCCAAAGAUGGAAAACACAAGGCAUACCAGCCAUCCCGGAGUGGCAGGUGAAGUUGACAGAAUAUGCAGAACUUGCCAAAUUGUCAGGGAGGAUCCGGGACCAGGAAGAUAAAAGAUACCAAAAUAAUUGGAGUAAAUUUAUUGAAUAUUUAAAGGAGAAUUGUAAAGAGGUCAAGACACUAGCAGGAUUGACAUAAUACCUUCAAUGUAUAAUAGUACUAUUGUGAGAAUGAGGUGUGCGAUAGAAAGGGGUUAAAUAUACCAGUUGCAGGGAGGGGGGGAGUUGCGGCUCGGCAGAGUCACAGGGAAUGUAUGGUAUUAAUAUGGUUUGUUGGAAAAGAACAUGUAAGGAAAACAAUAAAAAAUUACUUGGAAAAAAAAGAGAAUCCCUUUGUCCUACAAUUUCCCCUUGCUUUCUCCUCCAGCAAGCACUGCACAACACUUUCUGCUCCCUAAACCCAGAGGUUCCCCAUGCUUUGAAAAUCUGAUUUGGGGAGAUACAUCAGUGGCCCAGGGAAUUUGGAAAGAGUGUUGGGCAGCAGUAGUUGGGGGUCUGGGAGCUACAUGGAUGAGGGGAAAUUAAAAAGACGCACACGAGAGGUUUACAACCUGCAUUAAACCGAGAUGUGGACAGGCACUUAACCCACAUCCCGAUUCUGGGACCGCAAAAGCCAGAUUGAUUUGAUAUGCAGAUUUGAUGGAUUCAUUUGAUUUCACAUGCAAAACAAAAACCCAAAACAUGCAUUCCCUCUUCCUGCUUUGGCAGAGCCUUGUGAGGAGACGGUGAAGCACAGGAGGAGACUGCAAUUUCACCCAUACAUUAUCUCCUGUCUUCAUUCCAGCCUUGUAAGAUUGCUUUGUUGUUGUUUAGUUGUUUAGUCGUGUCUGACUCUUCGUGACCCCAUGGACCAGAGCACGCCAGGCACUCCUGUCUUCCACUGCCUCCCGCAGUUUCGUCAAACUCAUGCUGGUAGCUUCGAGAACACUGUCCAACCAUCUCGUCCUCUGUCGUCCCCUUCUCCUUGUGCCCUCCAUCUUUCCCAACAUCAGGGUCUUUUCCAGGGAAUCUUCUCUUCUCAUGAGGUGGCCAAAGUAUUGGAGCCUCAGCUUCAGGAUCUGUCCUUCCAGUGAGCACUCAGGGCUGAUUUCCUUAAGAAUGGAUAGGUUUGAUCAUCUUGCAGUCCAUGGGACUCUCAAGAGUCUCCUCCAGCACCAGAAUUCAAAAGCAUCAAUUCUUCGGCCAUCAGCCUUCUUUAUGGUCCAGCUCUCACUUCCACACAUCACUACUGGGAAAACCAUAGCUUUAACUAUACGGGCCUUUGUUGGCAAGGUGAUGUCUCUGCUUUUGUAAGAAAUGUAGGAUUGCUUACUAUAACUUUAAGGCUUGCCUUUUCAGGCAAAGGAGGAAAAAAGCUUGCUCUGAACGCAGGGUUGGAAAUAAAGCUGCGGCCGCUCCCAGGGAUGUGGAUUCUGCACCUGCUUUUGUGCUGGAGUUUGCAGAAUUUGCUGCAUGCCGUGCAUAGGAAAACUAUGGACUUCACUUUCUUAAGAAGAGAGGGCUGCUAGCCACGAUGACUCCGUAGUAGGAAGAAGUAAUAUUUCUGAAUGCUAGUUGCUGGAAACCGCAGGAGGAGAGAGAGGGCAUUUGUGCUCAGUUCCUGCAUCUGACAUCUGGGUGGCUGCUGUGAGAACAGGAUGGUGGACUAAAUGGGACCAUUAGCCUGUCCAGCAGACUCUUCUCAUCUUUCUGCAUGUCCCCAGUACUGGAUUUGCCUUUUUGGACCACACCUGCACAUUGAACCACAGAGCUGGGAAGGAGGAAAAAGCUCUCCAGUGCAACUGCCUGUGGUUCAGGUUUCUCGUUUUUAAAAUGUCUGUGCCCCUCAAUCAUACUGUUCUCUUUUUUUAAUAAAAAAAUCCUUCCAGUAGCACCUUAGAGACCAACUAAGUUAGUUACAGUCAUACCUCAGGUUACAGACGCUUGAGGUUGUGUUUUUUCGGGUUACGGACCCGCUGAAACCCAGAAUACCAGAACGGGUUAUUUCUGGGUUUCGGGGGCUGUGCAUGCACAGAAGCGCUAAAUCGCAACCCACGCAUGCGCAGACACACCACUGCAGGUUGCAAAUGCUACAGGUUGCAAACGUGCAUCCCGCACUGAUCACCUUUGCAACUCAAGCAUCUACUGUAUUGGUAUGAGCUUUCGUGUGCAUGCACACUUCUUCAGAUACACUGAAACAGAAGUCACCAGACCCUUAUAUAUAGUGAGAGGGUGGGGAGGUGUAUUACUCAGAAGGGUGGUGGGAAUGGGUGAUUGGCUGAUAGGUGUGGUAAACCUGUUGGACUGUUAUAUAAUAAUAAUAAUAAUAAUAAUAAUAAUAAUAAUAAUAAUAAUAAUAAUUUAUACCCGGCCCAUCUGGCUGAGUUUCCCCAGCCACUCUGGGCGGCUCCCAAUCAAGUGUUAAAAACAGUACAGCAUUAAAUAUUAAAAACUUCCCUAAACAGGGCUGCCUUCAGAUGUCUUUUAAAGAUAGGAUAGCUGCUUAUUUCCUUCACAUCUGAAGGGAGGGUGUUCCACAGGGUGGGCGCCACUACCGAGAAGGCCCUCUGUCUGGUUUCCUGUAACCUCACCUCUCGCAAUGAGAGAACCGCCAGAAGGCCCUCGGCGCUGGACCUCAGGGUCCGGGCUGAACGAUGGGGGUGGAGACGCUCCUUCAGGUAUACAGGACCGAGGCUGUUGUUAAUGACUGCAAUUGGUCUUACAGGAAAAAUCAAGGGGUGAGAUGGCUAAAAAUAGCUUUAUCAUGUAUAAUGAGAUAAGGAUCCAAUGUCUCUAUUAAGACCAGGUUUCUCCAUGGUUUUAAGUUUCAUAAUAAGUUGCAAUUCAGCAACUUCUCUUUCCAGUCUAUUUCUGAAAUUCUUUUGUAACAGGACAGCUACUUUGAGAUCUUGUAUAGAAUGCCCUGGGAGACUGAAGUGUUCUACUGGUUUCUCUGUCUUGUGAUUCCUGAUAUCAGAUUUAUGUCCAUUUCUCCUUUGGCGUAGGGUUUGGCAGAGCUAUGCCCUAUCCUAACAAGCAGUUACCUUUCGAUGCAUUGCCAUAAAAUUACUGUUUCUCGUUUCUAUGACCUCGUUGGGAGUUGCUCUACCGCUGAACUGCAACCCUUCUUCCUUGAAAGGAAAGCAAUUUUUUAAAAUUGUUCCUUCUGUAGGUGGUUCUUUGGGCAGAUUUCCCGUUCUGAAACAGUCCACCGGCUGAUGUCAGAAGAGAAUAUGGUCGGAGCCUUCCUAAUCCGUAUCAGCGAGAAAAAGGGGGCUGAGUAUGUUUUGUCAGGUAAGUGUUUUUCACUUCCUAUCUUUCCGACUUGAGUGACCAGCUGCAAAGGAGAAGACACUCCUAGUAAUUUUCUUAUAGAGCUGGGUUUUCAUUUUGUUAAACGUAUAUAUCGCUCGCCACUGCAAGAAGCCCUGCAGCGAUUUACGCCAGAGACAUCGGCAAUAAGAUUUCUGCCAACCGUUCAUUACUACCAUUUCUUGGUGAUUCUUCUGCCACGGCAGCUUACAAGUUUUAAUAUAGAAUGGAACAGAAUAGGAAUCCUCAUAAACAGGCCAGAGUAGGCUGUCGAAAAUCCAGCAUAAAACAAAGGCAAAACGGAAAUGAAAAACGAAACAAAGACCUGGUCAUUUUUAAAAGAAAAGUUGUCAUCCAAAAGUUGCCCAAAAGAAACUAACAAUGGUGUCGGGGGGAAACUCCUUGUGCGAGGAGUUCCAAAGAUCAGAUUCUAUGGUGGAAUAGACAACCUUUUUCAACCCUUUUUAGCCAUGGGCCGGUCCACCAUUCCUCAGAUCAUGUGGUGGGCCGGACUAUAUUGGUUGGGGGGGGGAGAGAAUGAACAAAUUCCUUUGCCCCACAAAUACAGUGGUACCUCGGGUUAAGUACUUAAUUCGUUCUGGAGGUCUGUUCUUAACCUGAAACUGUUCUUAACCUGAAGCACCACUUUAGCUAAUGGGGCUUCCCGCUGCCGCCACGCUGCUGCUGCGCGAUUUCUGUUCUCAUCCUGAAGCAAAGUUCUUAACCCGAGGUAAUAUUUCUGGGUUAGCAGAGUCUGUAACCUGAAGCGUCUUUAACCUGAGGUACCACUGUAACCCAGAGAUGCAUUUUAACUAAAAGCACACAUUCUACUCAUGUAAAAAUACCAGGCAGGCCCCACAUAUAACCCAGAGAUGCAUUUUAAAUAAAAGGACACAUUCUACUCAUGUCAAAACACGCUGAUUCACGGACCGUGCACGGGCCAGAUUUAGAAGGCGAUUGGGCCGCAUCCGGCGGCCAGGCCUUAGGUUGCCUACCCCCGGAAUAGUCCCUGUCUCCUAUGACCUAGUCCUAGCAGGUCCUCUGAGGGCAAUCUCAACACCUGGGCAGGUUUAUGCUGGAGCAGAAGGUCGUCUAAGCAACUUGUUUCCAGGUUGCUUAAUCCUAGAACUGUAGAGUUGGAAAGGACCCUGAGGGUCAUUUAGUCCAACCCCGUGCAAUGCAGGAUUUAAUAAUAAUAAUAAUAAUAAUAAUAAUAAUAAUAAUUUAUUAUUUGUACCCCACCCAUCUGGCUGGGUUUCCCCAGCCACUCUGGGCAGCUUCCAACAUAGAUUAAAAAUACAUUAGAAUGUCACACAUUAAAAACUUCCUUGAACAGGUCUGCCUUCAGAUGUCUUCUAAAUGUCAGGUAGUUGUUUAUCUCUUUGACAUCUGAUGGGAGGGCGUUCCACAGGGCGAGUGCCACUACCGAGAAGGCCCUCUGCCUGGUUCCCUGUAACAUGGCUUCUCUCAGUGAGGGAACCGCCAGAAGGCCCUCGGCGCUGGACCUCAGUGUCCGGGCAGAACAAUGGGGGUGGAGACGCUCCUUCAGGUAUACUGGGCCGAGGCCGUUUAGGGCUUUAAAGGUCAGCACCAACACUUUGAAUUGUGCUUGGAAAUGUACUGGGAGCCAAUGUAGGUCUUUCAAGACCGGUGUUCUGUGGUCUCAGCAGCCGCUCCCAGUCACCAGUCUAGCUGCUGCGUUAAAAUGUCAGACGCGGAGGAACAUUUGCCCAAAGCCUCUCCCACACUCAGGUAUGAAGCACAGCAGAUCCUGUCCUGAACAGAACCGUGGGGGAGAUGGCAGCGUGCCCAGUUUUCACCAGGGCACUUACGGGAACAGGAAGAUAACAACCUGUAAUGAUUUGGGUGUUCCCCCUGCUUCCCCUCCCCCUUUCUGCAUUGUUCCCUCUUUCUCUGACUCUCCUUUCUGCGAUUUCACAGUCCGAGAUGAGUCACUGGUGAGGCACUACAAGAUCUUGCGCAACGACCAGGGAGCUUACUACAUGAACGCCACACGCUCCUUCCCAGAUCUGCACUCCCUGGUCGAGUAUUACAAAGAGAAAGCGCUCACCCACGGGCUGAGGCUCUUGACCCCAUGCUACAAGGUAAGUCCAAAUUUGCAACUGCAGACACAGUUGGCCGGCCCCGGUUAGCAAACGGAAGUGAGCAUGAGAAGGUCAAAUGUCCUUUAAUUACCUAACACUUUGUUCUCCAUGUCUUCUGAAUGGCAUCUCCCGAAAAGAAAUUCAACCUGUAUUUUAAAGCCGUCUGGCAUCUUCCCAUAUGAACCUACCCGGACCCUGAGAUCAUAACCCAAGGCCCUUCUGUAUGUGCCGCCUCCUCGAGAGGUCCAGAGGGUGGCAACACGAGAACGGGGCCUUCUCUGUAGUGGCUCCCCAUCUAUAGAAUGCUCUCCCCAGGGAAGUUUGCCUGGUGCCUUCAUUAUACAGUGGUACCUCGGGUUACAGAUGCUCCAGGUUACAGACUCUGCUAACCCAGAAAUAGUACCUCGGGUUAAGAACUUUACCUCAGGAUGAGAACAGAAAUUGUGCGGUGGCGGCAGGAGGCCCCAUUAGCUAAAGUGGUGCCUCAGGUUAAGAACAGUUUCAAGUUAAGAACGGACCUCCAGAACGAAUUAAGUUCUUAACCCGAGGUACCACGUUCCUUUUUAACCAGGCCUUUGGUUGAUCUCAUUGACAUCCAACACCCUUUCAGAAUGUGGCUUGGGGGGCGGGGCGGGCAUUAUUGAGUUACAGUGGUACCUCGGGUUAAGUACUUAAUUUGUUCCGGAGGUCCGUUCUUAACCUGAAACUGUUCUUAACCUGAAGCACCACUUUAGCUAAUGGGGCUUCCUGCUGCCGCCGCAAUCCCACUGCGUGAUUUCUGUUCUCAUCCUGAAGCAAAGUUCUUAACCCGAGGUACUAUUUCUGGGUUAGCGGCGUCUGUAACCUGAAGUGUCUGCAACCUGAGGUACCACUGUACUGUUUUUGGUUUGAUUUUAUAUGUUGUGGUCUUGUUGCGAACUGCCCUGAGACCUCCAGGUAUAGGGUGUUGUAUAAGUUGAAUUAAUAAUAAUAAUAAUAAUACUCAAAAUAUUAUCUAAAUUCUACAAUUUAUCAGUUUCUAACAUUCACUAGCUAUAGCGGCUAUGGGUGCCCGUGCACCCCAAAGCUCUGUCACCCUGGGUCUGUAACCGUAAGGUGAAACCGACAGAGUUCACAGAAAGAUGGCCAACAGUCAGGGAUGCUUUAGCUGAAAUUCCUCCAUGCAGGAGGUUGGAUGAGAUGAUUCUUGGAAUAACUUCCAACUCAAUCGUUCUAAGAACUUGAGCAGGAAAGUUUUGGAAGUCUUUAGGGUUACUGUUACGUACUGAAGUUCUCACCCUGGGCCAGCAGGGGGAUACUGUAGAUAGUUAUGCAAAUAAGGGAUCGAAAGUGACGUUCAGUGAUUGGAUAGUUUUAGAAAAUUGUUACAGUUACGUUGUACUGGAGCUCUAUAUAAGCAGGCUGGCUGAACCCUUCAGUUCAGUUCUGUCCUGGCCUGUGAAUAAACAAGAGCUGUUUGAAGAAUCGCUGUGUCGUCUGAUAUCUUCACCCACAACUUAACAGUUUCAUUGGUCCUCUGGGUGAACCUUAGGUAACAAAGGCUUGCCGUUUCUUUUCUUUUGACUCCAGCAAGAGCCCACGGCGAUGCCACACUGGGACGACUGGGAAAGGCCAAAGGAAGAGUUCCGCCUUGCCCAGAAACUGGGCGCAGGUUACUUUGGGGAAGUCUAUGAAGGAUACUGGAAGGACAGAGUCAGAGUUGCGAUCAAAGUGCUCCCCAGAGGUAAGAGUUCGGCUUUGCACAGGAGCAAAGGAAGCUGCCUUUAUCAUGCCAGGUCAAUGUUGAAGAGGCCUUGGAAUCAUCAGCUGGUCCAAAGAGAAGCAGCCAGAUUAGUGUUUGGGGUUCCUUGUUGUUCUUAAUAUGCCGCCCAUCUGACUGUGUUGCACCCAGCCAAUCUGGGUGACUCCCAACAAAAUAUUAAAAACACAAUAAAACCUCAAACGUGAAAAUAUUCCUAUUCACCCUUCUUCAGCCAGGGAAGUAAGGAAAAAAUAUACCGUAUUUUUUGCUCUAUAAGACUCACUUUUUCCCUCCUAAAAAGUAAGGGGAAAUGUGUGUGCGUCUUAUGGGGCGAAUGCAGGCUGCGCAGCUAUCCCAGAAGCCAGAACAGCAAGAGGGAUUGCUGCUUUCACUGCGCAGUGAUCCCUCUUGCUGUUCUGGCUUCUGAGAGUCAGAAUAUUUUUCUUCUUGUUUUCCUCCUUCAAAAACUAGGUGCGUCUUGUGGUCUGGUGCGUCUUAUAGAGCGAAAAAUACGGUGUAUUCCUAAAUUGCCUCUUGACAAUACAAAGUUUUCAGACCUUGAAAAGGCUCGCUAUGCUUUCCUUUACAAGUGCAACAAUGGUCAGUGUAAUAGGUCGGUGAGAAGGUUGGUGUUUCGAGCCUACUCAGGGACGGCUGUGGGCAGGAUUCCUGAAUUGCGGGGUUGGUCUAGAUGACCCUCAGGGUCCCUUCCAACUCUACAGUUCUGUGAUUCUAUGUGCUUGCUUCCCUCCCACCCCUGGCAGCUGAUCUGACGUACCAGGACAUGUUCAAAAACGAAAUUGAGGCGAUGAAGAAGCUGAGGCACAAGCACAUCCUCUCCCUCUACGCCAUCUCGACUCGUGGAGACCCCGUGUACAUCAUCACGGAGAUCAUGAGCAAAGGGAACCUCCUAGAAUUCCUCAGAGGUGAGACCUUUACACAAGGUGCUUCCUACACCGUAACCCGCUUCCUGCAUUGCUCGCAGGUAGGGCUUUCACAGUUUCCUGAGUGGGACAGUAAUUCUCUCUCCACUUCUGACACCGUGUUGCCACCUUCUGAUGCUCAUGUGUCGAGGGUACUUGUCUGCUGGGGAAACUCCCCACAGGUGUUUCCACACAGGGGAUCCACAGGGCUGGGAACCCAGUACAACCGAGGGUCCUGCUUGCGUGAAGACCCUGCUCACGAGAAGCCCAAUGCUUUGUCAUCGGAGGGCAGAGCUAGAGCAGCCACAGGGGGCAAACAGGAAGUAAAGCCCUGCUUCUGCCUGAAAUCACGAGUGCUGACCACAAGUCACAUGUGAAUGUUAGCUUUUGAGCUAUUGUGGUCUUUUCCAGCUGUGCAGCGGAUACUGGUCCAAAGGGGCAAAUGCGGCACUGCCACACCCACUUCAGUUUUCCCGUUACCCACCCACCUUCCUGCUUGCAACCCAUCCAAAGCGUGGUGUUGUCUACCAGCUUCCUCCUCCUGAGGUCUCAAUGUUGCCCUUGUAGAACUCAGCAGAGAGGAUGACGGAGGAGGCAAAUCCGCAGUUAGUUGGCUCUGCCUGUCCUUGGCUGUCUGGCGAGUGACGAGGUGGCUUGGGUGCACGCAGGCUCCACGCUGCCCCAAACGGUCCGCCCACUGCCUGCCCCCCAGCUGUAGGGCGGCUGAGUGGGAGGAGGCAGGCAGACUCCUCCAAGGCCCUGCAGAGUAUCCUGCCCCGGCUGGCCCCGCCCCUAGGCACUGGGCACGCACACAGCCCCAGCCACUGCUGACUGCAAGGGGCCGUUGGCACGAUCCAGCAAGCUCUCCUUAUGGAAACGAUAUCAAAACUUUCAGAAGAAACACAGAAAGGUCCUUUUUUAUAAUUUUUUCUUGAACUGAUUUUAUAAUGAAUUGAUUUUAGAAUGCUGUAUUAUUUUACUGUUGUUAGCCACUCUGAGCCCAGCUUCGGAUGGGGAGGGUGGGAUAUAAAUAAAAAAUUAUUAUUAUUAAACAUUUCAGCAUAACAAUUUAUCCAAAACAUAUCAACCUCAUUUCCCCCCCAUAAAUUUCCCUCCCCUCUCCCUAAAAAGAAUCCACCGUCCCACCCCCUCCCAGACUUCCCUCAGCUCCUCUCUCUGGUUUUUAAACACAUGUUAUUCUCUGCAUGUUCCCAAAUUGUAAUGAUCCUUAAUUUAUCUGUCUAUAUGUUACCAAUAAUAAAUUUGUGUCUGUUUAUUCGAAGCCUGCAAAGGAGAUCAGUUCAUUUUGUUGUUUCUUUAAGUACUUUGUAAAAGGUUCCCAUUCUUCUUUAAAAUCACAGUUGUUCUUGUCAUGUAAUUUAUGCGUCAGUUUCACCAGUUCCACAUAGUCCAUCAAUUUCUCUUGCCACUGCUCUUUUGUCGGGAUUUCUUCAUUCUUCCAUCCUUGUGCUAUUAAGAUGCUUGCCUCCGUUGUCGCAUACAUGAAUAUGUUCUUCAGUUUCCUUGGCAGGUCUUUUCCUACAAUCCCUAACAGAAAUGCUUCAGGAAAGGCAGACAGGUCCUAACCGGAAUGCCCCUCUAUGUUUACUUCCAGGUGCCGAAGGGGAGCACCUGCAUAUAGCAGAGCUGGUGGACAUGGCGUCUCAGGUUGCAGAUGGCAUGUGCUACCUGGAGACACAGAAAUUCAUCCACCGAGACCUCGCUGCCCGGAACAUCCUGGUCGGAGAGAACAACAUCUGCAAAGUGGGAGAUUUUGGGAUGGCCAGGCUGAUCAAGGUAUUCUCUUGAGGUGGUGGACUUGUAAAAGGGUAAAAGAGUACAGUCAUACCUCUUGUUACGUUUGCUUCAGGUUAAAUCUUUUCAGGUUGCGUCCUGCGGCGACCUGGAAGUACCGGAAAGGGUUACUACCGGGUUUCACCGCUUGCGCAUGCGCAGACGCUCAAAAUGAUGUCACACGCAUGCGCAGAAGCGGCGAAUUGCGACCCGCGAACAUGCAGACACAGGUUGUGUUCUGCUCAUGUUGCAAAUGGGGCUCCGGAACGGAUCCUGUUUGCAACCAGAGGUACCACUGUACUGGGAAAUGAUCCAUAAUGAAUUGAAACAAAAUGUUUAAAAGUACUUUCCCCCCCCAAACCCAGAGUUGGGGAUAAUUCAGAAUGAAAUCCCCAGGUGUCAAAAAAGGUUAUUUAUGUAUGCCACUACUGCCGCCCGUGUUUUGUUAGCCCCAAAAUGGAAAACGAGCAAAGUCCCAACUAAAGAAGAAUGGCAACUUAAGUUGACAGAAUAUGCGCAGCUUGCAAACUUAACUUAUAGAAUAAGAAAACAAGAAGAACAUACGUUUAGAGAAGAUUGGGAAACGUUUAUUGAAUAUAUGGGGAAUAACUGUGUACAGUUGAAAACACUGUCAACAUUAAGAAAAAUUUAACAGUGUAAAUAGGUUUUGAUAGAUGCAAUAAUGGAAUACUGAAUGGUAUAGUUUUUGUAAAAUAUACAGGGAUUUAUGAUAUGUAAAAUGAACCAUGGAAAGAGAAGAAGGGAGGUUAUUGAUAUUUUAAGGAUGUAAAAAUGAGUACUUUAAAUUGUAAAACAGAAAAUUUAAUAAAAAAUAUAUACAAAAACAAAAAGGAAUUUUCUUGAGGCUUGGGGAGUGUUGACAGUAAAUAAAAAUAGGUUGUGCCCCAGCUGGUGUUUGCUGUGCAUUAAAAAAGAAAGAAAAAAAGAAUUCUGCUCCAGUAUGACACCAAAUUUUGCUGAAUUCUGUGGCUCAUGCAGUUAAUAAUAAAAGUGCACAACUGUAAAGUGUUCAGUGGGUUGUCGUUAUACAUACAUGUUGUUCUUCUGUUCUCGCAGGACAACGUUUACGAAUCUUACUCCCACAACGUCCCCUACAAAUGGACGGCACCGGAAGCCCUUUCCCACGGCCGCUACUCCGUCAAAUCCGACGUUUGGUCCUUUGGAAUUCUCCUGUAUGAAAUCAUGACCCUUGGCCAGAACCCAUAUCCAGGUGCGUUUGAGAUCCGGGGCAUCGUAGGAACCGAGGAAACUGCUUUAUACUGAGCCAGACCACGGGUCCUCCCAGCUCAGUGCUGCCAGCACUGACUGGCAGAGGCUGUUGAUGUUUCCCGGCAGGGCACAUUCCCAGCCUUACAGAGGCAGAACCAGGGUAGCUUCUCUAUCCCUGAGCUACGGCUCUUCUGCAAGUCAUUUUGGCAAUGAAGACAGCACAGGACCUGCCCCAGCUGGAGGCUUUUAAGAAGAGAUUGGAUGGUCAUCUGUCAUGGAUGCUUUACUUGAGAUUCCUGGGUUGGACUAGAUGAGCUUUGGGGUCUCUUCUAUGAUUCUAUGAUGACUGCAUAGCCGUGCUAGUCUUAGGCUACAAGAUUUAUAGUGUUAAUUCAGCCCUUCCAGCUGGAAGGAUUGCACACAUGAAAUAAAUGGAUAUUUAUAUGCUUGGGAAACAACAAAGGCGCUGGUUGCAAGGAAACAAGAAAUAUUUAAAGAAUAUUUUUUUUCUUGCAUUCCCCCCUCUAAAAACUAGGUGUGUCUUAUGGUCAGGUGCUUCUUAUGGAGUGAAAAAUACGGUAAUUUGAUAAACACAGGAUUUGAAUUUGUUAAUUUGUAACUGUGUGAUUUUACAACUGUAAUUUUUCAUUCUUGAACAAUAAUAAAAAUAAACUAAUGAUCAUUUUAAAAAUGUAAUGUUAAUUCAGCAGUACCUGCUGCAUUUUAAAUGCAGCUACACUUAAUAUUACUACUACUACUACUACUACUACUAUUAUUAUUACAGUGCUACCUCUGGUUGCGAAUGGGAUCCGUUCCGGAGGCCUGCUCGCAACAUGAAAAGAGCGCAACCUGAAGUGCCAUAUCUGCGCAGGUGUGCGGCAUGAUUUGGUGCUUGUGCGCAUGCGUUACGCGCGAUUUAGAGCUUCUGCACAUGCGCGAGUGGUGAAACCCGGAAGUAACCCUUUCCGGUACAUCCGGGUUGCCGCGGGACAUAACCUGAAAGAACGUAACAUGAAGCAAACGUAACAUGAGGUAUGACUGUAUUAACAUUAUUGUUUUCCUCGCUCUUUGCAGGUAUGACCAACAGUGAAGUUUUCAAGCAUGUCCAGACCGGUUUCCGGAUGCACUGUCCUCUCAACUGCCCUGCCACAAUGUACAACAUCAUGUGCGCAUGCUGGGACCUGAACCCAAAAGAGAGGCCAGACUUCAAGCAGCUCCGAGGGCAGCUCCAGAGUUUCACCAACUAUGAGAACCCGGAAUGAAAGGAGCAGCUUCCUCUUUCCUCCUCCUCCGCCUCCUCCCUUGCAAAUUUCAUACGGAAAAAAGCGACCUCUAGUGAACUGAUAGUCCGUAUAGUGAAAGCUAUGGUUUUCCCAGUAGUGAUGUAUGGAAGUGAGAGCUGGACCAUAAAGAAAGUUAAUCGCCGAAGAAUUGAUGCUUUGGAAUUAUGGUGCUGGAGGAGACUCUUGAGAGUCCCAUGGACUGCAAGAAGAUCAAACCUCUCCAUUCUUAAGGAAAUCAGCCCUGAGUGCUCACUGGAAGGACAGAUCCUGAAGCUGAGGCUCCAAUAUUUAGGCCACCUCAUGUGAAGAGAAGACUCCCUGGAAAAGACCCUGAUGCUGGGAAAGAUGGAGGGCACAAGGAGAAGGGGACGACAGAGGACGAGAUGGUUGGACAGUGUUCUCGAAGCUACCAGCAUGAGUUUGACCAAACUGUGGGAGGCAGUGGAAGACAGGAGUGCCUGGUGUGCUCUGGUCCAUGGGGUCACGAAGAGUCGGACACGACUAAACGACUAAACAACAAGUGAAAUGAAACGUGCGCACAACUUGGGAGGGCAGAGGAGUAGGCUUUGGGCUUCUCUGAUAAAAACAGAGUCCGACUGCGGACAUGUGAUAUUGGCAUUGCACGAUAAGUGACUAAGAAGAGCUGGAUCAGGCCAAACUCCUCUCAGGGCUGGCAUCUUGUUCUCACAGUGGCCAACCAGAUGCGAAAGGAAAGUCUGCAAACAGGACAUGAGUGCAAGAGCCGUCCAAGCUGGUGCCCAUUACUACAUCUCAUGGGAAGAGAGGAAGGGCAGGAUCUGGGGACAGGCCCAUUUAACUGUCGCUCAUGAAGAGCGGGUGGCGCUGUGGUCUAAACCACUGAGCCUCUUGGGCUUGCCGAUCAGAAGGUUGGCGGUUCGAAUCCCCGCGACAGGGUGAGCUCCUGUUGCUCGGUUCCUGCUCCUGCCAACCUAGCAGUUCAAAAGCACAUCAAAGUGCAAGUAGAUAAAUAGGUACCGCUCUGCUGGGAAAGUAAACGGCGUUUCCAUGCGCUGCUCUGGUUCGCCAGAAGUGGCUUAGUCAUGCUGGCCACAUGACCCGGAAGCUGUACGCCGGAUCCCUUGGCCAAUAAAGUGAGAUGAGCGCCGCAACCCCAGAGUCAGUCACGACUGGACCUAAUGGUCAGGGGUCCCUUUACCUUUACCUACAAGUUACUAUAUACAAGAACAGAAACAGAUCUUUACUACCUCUCUCUUAAACUCCAAACGACUCUCAGAACUCAGAACACCACACUGACCAACACACACUCCAGUCAGUAAGGUCAUAAGUCAUCAUGCCUGUGUGAGACCUCAACCAACGGUAGAGCUAUAUCCAAGGUCUCAUAUCUCUAGGCAGAAUAACUCCUCUCUGCCCAGUCAUCCUUGGCCUUCAGCCAACUCUUAAUUGACUCUGUGUGAAGCUGCACAGAAUGGCACGUAGUCAAAAAACCCAACAUGUUUCCCCACCAGACCCCCACCUGUGGGGGGAAACACACACACAUCUACAUCAGCCACUGGUGCUCAGUCAUAAGGAGAAGGUUUUUGCGCCUCUCCUCUCUUCAGAACAGGAGGAGGGGUAGGGUCUAAUCCUGGCAUACAAUGGAACACAGGUGUGUUUAAUGCAGGAGAGACGGAGCCAAUACGAGGAGGAACUGAGCAGGAAGAGCAAGAAGUCUUCCAAAUAUUGUGGAUUUUAAAGGGGGUGUACCGAGACCUUUUGCAGCAGUAGGCAAACUGGCAGGUAUGGUUGCUGGUUGGCGACCCCUUCUCUGUGGCAGCAAACCUGAUGGUCUUCAAUUGAUGCUGAUGUGCUUGUUUGGGAGUUCAGCUGUUUAGAAUAAAAGGGCAUCUGCCUGGUAGAUUCCAGUGACUUGUUCAGAUCAAGUCACCAAACCUCAAGGGACUGUCGUUGGAAUUAACUCAUUGCAACCUGAUUGCUGCAUUAAUCAGCUGUACAUUAAAAAUGUGUUAACGACAAAAGAAGUUUCUCUCUCUAAAUAUCACGUCUGAAAGUGGCCAAAGAAAAUGAAUACAGUGAGCGCCUAAUUUUAUCACUGCAUCAACUUAUUGUAUUGUUGCAUGCCCCCCCAGAAAAAUCUCUUGAGUGGUGCAAGAUUCCAGGAGGUUCCAGGUGUCUUACCCAGGGUUCGUGUUUCCUUUUGGAAAUGAGACACAGGACUCAGCUACAUUAGUCAAAAAGCAACAGCAUUUUAAAUGUGUUAUAAACAUACAACACCAGGUGGCGCUAUAGAGCACAAAACUUUUAUAUGCGAUUUUACA